AUGGACGAGAACAAUAAUAAUUACGACAUAUUCCAAAAGUACCAACGUUACGAUGCAAUUUGCAAAUAUUUGGAAUUUCUGUGCCAAAAAUAUCCCCUAAGGAUCCGGAUGGAAGUUAUCGGUCAAUCGUACGAGGGGCGCGACAUCAAAAUGGUUCGAAUUUCAGAAAACUUCAAACUUUCCAGACCCUGCGUUUUCAUCGAAGCGGGUUGCCAUGCCCGGGAAUGGAUCAGUGUUGCCACUGCCCUCAAUGUCAUUCAUCAACUUGUCGAAAAAUUCGCGGACAAUCAACGAUGCCUGAAGAAAAUGGAUUUCUACAUUGUGCCACUCCUCAAUCCCGAUGGCUACGAGUAUUCGCACGAGAAAAAUAAGCAAUGGCGAAAGACACGCAGACCGAAUGAGGGUUCAAGUCACAAGGGUACAGAUAUCAACAGGAAUUUCGACGUUGGAUGGAAAAGUGCCGGGCGUCGACCGAGUUUGUCGAAUUUUAGAGGACCGAAACCCUUUUCGGAAAGUGAAACUUGCGCAUUGAGAGACGUGUUGCAACUCCUGAAAUCAACAUGUAAAUUCUAUUUGGCGAUUCAUUCGUAUGCAAAGGCUUUGCUUUAUCCGUGGGCUUGUAAAAAAAAAUUGCCUGACACCUGGAAAAAGUUGCAUUCGCUGGCAAAAGUAGGACAUGAUGCUAUCAUAAAAGCAACAGGCAAACGCUACAUUUACGGAAGCACCUCGUCCAUUGUUCGUCGAAACGUUGGCGGAAGUUCUCCUGAUUACGCUUUUUCCCUGCAAAUCCCCUACGUGAUAACGAUUGAAAUGUCUGGCAAGAGUUUUCAUCCGCCGAAGAACAAGAUACGAGAACUUGUCGCUGAAGGAUGGAUCGCCGUUAAGGAAAUGGCUUUGUAUGUCGCGAAAAAUAUUUAA